AUGACACAUUUUGAAGGGAGGGAGGAGAUCGAUAGAGAUAUUUUGGCGCAGAUCUUAAGUAAUGUUGAGAGAACCAGAGAAAUAGUGAAUGAAAUGCAAAGUGAAUUCUCCAUGCUCUACCAAAUGGUUGUGUCUCACUCCUCCGCUAUCCAACAACUUGAGUCAAAAGUAAGCGAAAUAACAAAGUAUCUAAUGGAGAGGCAAAGUGAAGAAAUACAAAAUGGGGAAGCAACAAAGGCAAAGAGAAAAAGACAUAAUGUUGAAGAGCCAAAGUCAAAUGAGAUGUUGAUGAGAAAGCCAAUGAAUAACGAUUGUCAAAUUGUUUCUAUACCUUCAACCCUCAUCCAUCCUCCUUUCCAAAAAUUGUCAUUGAGAAAGGGAAACCAUGAUAAACUCAACAAACUUUUUAAUAAAUUUAGCAGCAUUUCUAUUAAUAUUCCUUUUAUGGAGACGUUGCAAGACAUGCCGAGGUAUGAUAAAUUUAUGAAAGAUUUGGUGUCUAAAAAUUGUUUGGAUGAUGAAACCAUAGAGAUUACUCACCAUUGUAGUGCCAUGAUGACAAGUGCGUAUGUUAAAAAGAAGAAAGAUCCUGGUGCUUUUACAAUCUCAUACACUAUCGGUGCCUUCACAUUUGGUAGGGUAUUAUGUGAUCAUGGGGCAAGUGUGAACGUUUUGCCUUAUGCUAUAUUUCACAAAAUUGGAUUGGUCGACUUUGUUAUUGUGGAUUGCCCAAUGGACAUCAAAAUUCCCAUUAUCCUUGGAAGGCCAUUUUUAGCUACCGGGAAGGUAUUGGUAGAUGUGGAGUUUGGGGAGAUGUAG